CGAGACGAUAUGAGACGAGACGAGACGAGACGACACGAGACGAAGCGGGACAACAUGUGGUGAGGGAGACAAGGCGAAGCGAGGCGAGGCCAGUCGAACCAAGCCGAGUCAAGUCGAGUCGAGUCGAAUCGGAAAGAGAGUCAGUGGCUGGCGACUCCUCGGGGCGUCAAGUUCGUUAUGUGGGGUUUGUUGUUCUUUCGCGCUCCUUGCAAACCACGUGCGCAGCCCCGUGACAGCUCUACUCUAACAUAAUUCAGAGUAUACGGUAUUAUUACACGAAGAAACGUCAUAUUUAUCGUAAUUAAGCUUUUUAAUUGGUGACGUUUUUUAAAAAAAAAAGAUAAUUCGAAUCAAAUUUUUCGAACAUUAAAAAAAAUUGAAAUUAAAUAAUAUAAAUUACAUUAUAAUUAUAAUGCUUAUUUUCUACGUAUUAUCAUAAAGUUUAUGUCAAAAUUUUAAAAAUUAUCGAGUGAAGCACAAACGAUAUUACGGAUACGUGAUGUUAUUGAUAUUUGAUUCGACAUAGAAUUUUUUUUCGAUAUUAAUAUAAAUAAAAUAUUUCUUCGUAAUUUAUGAAAAGCAAGGAUAAAGAAUAUGUUCGGAGUAUUCUUUAGAAAUUCAUAGAUAUUAUUUAAAAUUUUAUCAUGACAACUUUAUUACGUGCCUUCGACGGUUAUCAAGACUUUUGUUAGCAACUCUUAUCGUAUUUGCGACAACCACGCAUAGCAUAAAUAUUAUGAAUGCAAGAAUUUUCAAAUCGUGCGAUGAGUUAAAAUUACAGUGCGUACUAAUCGUGGCCAAAACAUUGUCAAUCUUGUUCGGAUAGAAAUGGCGCCAAGGACAAAUAAAAUUUCUAAAAAUUAAAGCUCAUUAGACAUAUUUCUUUCAAAUUAGAACUAUAAAUAAAAAUUAUAAAACAAAAUGAAUUAAAUAAGCAAUAAUAACUCUGUGAGUGUAUGAUUGAGUCAGUAAGACAGAGAUAAGAUCAUAAGGCGUGUAAAUUAGUUACGUCUGCGACAAGAAACGGAAUAAUAACGACUGUGGCCGGAAGAACGAGGAAACGAGAGAAGAAGAAACAGUAGGAGGGGAGGGUGUAUUCUUAUUUGCGAAGUAUAUCUACUCAACCACUGCGGCGUGAUAGAAGAACAGAGAAGAAGUGACAUAGUCGUAAUACAACAUAGGAUAGCACAGAUGAAGAUUACGAAUAAAGAUAGAGAAAACGUAUGAAAGAAAGAGAAAGAAUAAGAGAAGGAACGAGUUAGAGAAAACGAGAACGAAGAAAGGAAAGAACGAUCUGUUUGGACGAGGGAAGGGAGUAAAGAGAGAGAAGAUUUCUGGGCACGCGCACUCCACCUGCUAGCGUGUAGUGGCACGCGCCAUAUCCACCCCCUCCGCUGCCGUGGACGUUCUGUCCCCCUCCGCCAGCGUCGCUUCCCGCCUCACACCGCAGUCUCUCUUUGGCGUUACCUCCUGGUUCUACCGCGGCCGUCGCCGCCACCGCCACCGCCACCGCCACCGAUUCUUCCCACCUCCUCUUCCCUCUUGCGACCCCCACCCCUCGUCCGACUACCCGACAUACCCGCUCGAUCUCUCCUCGUUCCGUGGUACCUCUUCUCCUCCCGCGGGAAUCCCCUCCCGUGCUCCCCUCGCGCGUGCCACGGUUCCGAGACCGGGACGCGCGGGAGUCAAUCGCUCGCGGACUUCGAUAGGACGAACACCAUAGGUCCUUGCUCUUCCUCCUCUCUUGUACACUUUUCUGUCCGAGCGCGUUCUUCGCGCCUCGUGCUACGGUCUCGUGUGCUUUUCGUGUUCUUCUAUUAAUUUUGCUUCUUCUGGUCAUUUCUUUUUUCAUUUCGUUUCUUUUGUUUCUUCUAUUCCUUAGAAAAAAAAGUUUCUUUUUAAUUGGAUAUUAAAAUUGGAAAGUUUUGGAACACAAUAUAAUACUGCCGCUUGUGUAAACUAUUCAUAGUGGCGUAAAGAAAAAAAAAAAGAGGCAAGGACAUAAUCAAAAAAAAUUCAUUCUUGAUGAAACGGCGCGUGGCCGUCGUCGUGAAGCGCGAGUAUUUUCGAAUAGAUAAAAGUCUGGUCAAAGUUCGCAGUGAAUUUUCACGAUCGCUUCAUUACGACGGCGUGAUUGUAACUCAGUGACAGAGGCAAGAAAAAGGCGAGCCGUCUGCGAAGAGCUGCUGGCCGAUGUUUGCGUAUGAAAAAAUCCGGUCGUCCUCUUUCACCUCUUCCUCCUCUUCUUUCCGGCGUUCGUCUGCUGGCAGGGGGGCAACGUUCCGGUCGAUCGGUGCAUUGUAAACAAAAAGAACAAAGGGUCAACGGUGACACCAACGACGACGAAGACGACGACGACGAGGAAGACGAGGAACGAGGACGGCGAGAACGACGAGAACGACGGGGAGAAGAAGAACGUGGGAAGGGAAGAAUGUAAGAAGGAGGAAGGAAAGCGAACGAGAAAAAUAAAGAGUGGGGGACUGACGCGUGCUACUACCGUCGUUACUUCCAUCGCAACAAAAAUAGUUCAGUCUUCGCGGUGGAGAAGAGACAGACAGCCAAUGAAACGAGAAGGAAGAUAGUAGCGCCAGAGAAAGAGGAGGAAUAUCGAGUUAUCGUAAUAUAUACAUGCACACGUGUGACUUCGCUGGUUACCAGCGUGAGGAGCUACGUAUUAUAGCAGCUGUAGUUAAGUGCAACUUUCGUGUGAUGGUGACGCAUUCGAUAGUACAGACGAACAAGAGAAGGGUACUUUCGAGAUAAACACGAAACGAGAACGAUCGAGAUUCGUCACGAGCCAAAAUAAAACGGAGAUAAAUUUGAGGCCUGAAUCGAGUGAAGCAAACGAGACGAAAGAAAGAAAGAAAAAAAAAAAAGAAUUAUUUUGAACGAAUAAAAUCUGAUUUUCUUCUUUGUAGUAUUAAUAGUGAAAGAGUGCUGCGUAUGCAAUCAGCUGUUCGAAACUGCAACUUAACUAUCCUCUUUCGCUCGAUCGAUUGUAUUCUGAUGUGAAUUUUUGACACGAUAUUAAUCGAUAUCUAAUCGAUUAGACUCGAUUAUGAUGGACUAUGUUUCUUAUAUUCGUGUUUCAAGUCAACAUUCUCGCACGCGCGAACCACCUGUUGACGAUUUACGAGGGAAAAUCGAUGUGGUCUAUUUUGACAUAAUUUUACUAUCGUACUAUUAUUCAAAGUAAAGUGGGCAGAACUCGGUUCUCAUUAUUUAUUCAAGAAUUCAUUCGAAACGGAUAAUUCGAUGGUACCUUUGUGACAUUGCAUAAAAUCAUUUAACGCUCCCUUCGUAUCAGUCGAUGUGUUAGUAACUACAAGAACCGAAAGACACGAGCAAAUUGCAGGAAUCGUUGUUACCAUGUGUUCAAUAACAUUUCGCGGGAACAGUGUAGAAUCGGUCGCACGGACGUGUAUGAUAUCGGUCGAAGAUCAUUAAUGUGCAAGAAUUCAUGGAAAUUUGAAGAGUAUUGUUAUUAAAAGAAGACAAAUAUGCGACUAGUGAAACUUUCGUUGGCGAUGCCGUGCGUCGAGUGUUUUUCGGAGUGAAUGUUAUCGAAACGUUGUUACUAUACGUCUUAUCUGUCGCUCGCAUCGUCGGAGUGACAGAGAAAAAAGAAAAAAGAGACUCAACAGAGUUCGGAGGUCACGGAACCGUUGGACGAUAUGCGGCACGCAAACUCAUUUCGACGAGCUGAGAAUUUCGGCCCGCGGAUUCAAGCGGCGCGCUCGCGUCGUCCAAACGCCAAUAGCAGCGUAAAACAGUGAUAUGCUGGUCGAGGGACACGGGAGCGUCGAUUCUAUUCCCGGCGUCUUUUUCUCGCCGGUUGCAUGACGUUCGACUGGCGGCGAGAACAGAGUAUUAUACACCGUACGCGGCGAAGUUCUCGAGUGCACGCGAACGCUAACCUCGGCUUCUAGUGUGAUAACUAGUCAAAGUGAUCGGAAGGGCAUUAAGUUUAUUAUACGGGCAUCGGAUUGGUUAUAUUGUGUACAAUAAAAAUAACAUAGUAGAAAAAGAGAGGCUUCAUUAUAAAGUGUUUAAGUUGUACAGUAGAAGAAAAAAUCAAGGAUAUAUCGUGUAUGUAUAUCCUUUUUAUAAAACACGUUUGAUAACGAAAUAAUGAUAACGACGAUUGGACCAUUGUCACUUGACUAGAAAUCCGUGUUGCGAUGAUCGAGUCUCAUCAUUGCGAAAAAACUAUUUCAAAUAAAUUGUAACUUUUCUUGUUAUUUAUUGUGUAUGCAUCGUUACGAGACUUGGAUCUUCGAUUUAGUUACGCACGAAAGAAAGUUAUCAUCGGUGGUGGCGUAUUGGCGGUGGUUCGAGCAUCUCUGGAAAAGCACGGAAGACACGACGAAAGCGAAAGUACGACGAUUGCGUUGGCGCGUUCCAGAAAAUGACCUUUAAAUUCUGCUGAGAAUCUUACAUGACUCGAUUGGAAAAAAAAAACAUGGAUCUGUAACAGCGACCUGUCAAAACGUAUUAUCGUCGUAUGAAAGAAAAUAUUCGCAGAUUAACAGUGUAUUAGUGCAGAUAUUCUAGCAACGAGAAGAAGCCAUCGGAGGAGGGGCAUGGUGGGACCCCACCAACCAGGGCCACAGGCCCGGGUGGCCCCCCUGUAACGAGGAAAUCUCUCGCUAUCGUGCCGCUCGUGCUCCAUUACAUUGCCUGGAAUGAUGCAGCAAAAAUUCGUGAAGAGGACGGCCGAGGAGUUGGAGCCAGCCGGCGGCGGUAGCGGAGACGGUGGCUUCGGCGAGCCCCCCGUGAAGCUGCAAUGCACGCAGGCGCAGCAUCAGCACCAGCAGGGGCCGGGGGCCGGCGGCGGGGGCGGGCCCCACCACGGGCACGGGCAGCACCCGGCCGGGAACGGGGCGAGCGCGACGGGGCCGGCGGGCGGGGGCGGCGGGGGCGGCGCGGGUAACGAGGGGUUGACCAAGUUCUCGGUGGAGAUAGUGCAGCAGCUCGAGUUCACCACGUCGGCGGCCAACUCGCAGGCCCAGCAGAUCUCGACCAACGUGACCGUGAAGGCGCUGACCAACGCCUCGGUGAAGAGCGACCUGUUGAACGCGUCCUCGUCCCCGAAGUCGGGGCCGGACGCCGGCCCUGCGCCGGCCGGGUCGAGGCCGGGCGCCGGCAACGCUGGGGGCGGGGGCGGGGCGGGCGGCGCAGGCCCAGGCGCGGGGCCCGCCGCCGGCGGGGGGAUCGGGUGCGUGGACAUAGGGAACCUGGUGGAGUGCAAGCAGGAGCCGGACAACGAGUUCGUCGACCUGGAGCAGUGCGCCGCUGCCCUGGAGAAGGACGCGGCGGCGAACGGCGCCGGGUUCCCGGGCUUCUCCGACUUCAUGGGGGACGACACCGGCGACGAGAUCAUCACCUCGGACGCGUUCAAGGACCUCAUCUCCGAGAUAUCCGACCUGCACCCCGAGUUCAUGAAGGAUUUCGAUUUCGAGGAGAAGAUCCCGGUCGAGGCGUUGGCGGCGAGCAACGCGGCCGUGGCGGCGGCCGCGGCCGCCGCCGCCGCCGUCGCCACCACCAACGGCACCAGCGCCGGGACCAACAACGGCCAGAUCAAGAUCGAGGACGACAAGGACGGGCUACACCAGCAGCAGCAGCAGCAGCAGCAAGCUCAGCAACACGGGAGCGUGAACAACGGGAACGGCGUGGUGAACAACGGGCAGGCGGGGGGCGCGAACAACGGCGCGGGGAGCGUGGCUGCCAACUCGAGCCCCGGCGCCCUCGCCUCCGCCCAGUACUCCCCCGCCAGGCUGCCCUACUCCGGCCUCGACUUCAAGUCGGAGAUGAGCCCCGCCGCCCAAACGCUGAAGCAGAUGGCCGAGCAGCACCAGCACAAGAGCCAGCAGCUGGGCCUGGGCGGGUUCAACCCGGGGGCGGCGGCCGCCGCGGCCAGGGGGCCCGCCGCCCGCUCGCCCUACGCCGAGUUCCCCCAGUUCGGCGGCACGUCGGACUACCUGGGCAGCCCCGGGAGCGGCGCCGGCCCCGGGCCGGGCGCACAGGGCCAGGGGGCGGCCGGGACGGGGUCGUAUCACAAGAACAACGGGGCGGGCGGGUUCCAGGGGCAGCAGGCGGGCGACAUGUUCGUAGGAUCUCAGACGCAGUUCGCCGCCGGGCUUGCGGACAUGAAGAGACCGCAGCCGAGCAGCGGCGGGAAGCCGAGCAUGCUCGGGCCGAGCGCCGGUUACAAGCAGCAGUAUUCGCCGUACGGCAGCCCGGGAUCGAUGCCGAAUCACGGCAGCCCUGGUUAUCCGCUUCCGCCCAGGGGAUCCCAGGGCGGCGGACCCAAUCAAACCGGAUCCCAGGGAUCCUUCACCAGCUCCACGCCGCCGAGGCCUCCCUCGGGACCCGGAACGUCCACCUUGCAGAUCAACCAGGCGCAGCAGUUGCAUAUUAACAACCCCGGCCAUCAGAUUCAGGUGUCCGCGGGUCAGCACAUGCAGCUAACAGGCGACCUGAAGCCGGGGGUAUCGGUGGCGGCGCAGCAAGGCAUGUACUUCAGCCAGCAGCAAACGCAAAAUCAGUCGGCCGGUCAGACGGACACCUACUGCUCGGUGUCGCAGUCCCAGACGAUCAACUUCACGCAGCAGAGCCUGAGACAGAGGGCUGCGGCCGCGGCUGCGGGCGGCGUCCCCCAACCUGCCGGCGCUGCGCCGGCACGCAGCCAUCCCCAGCAAGUGCAACCCAAUCAGGUGGACCAGCACCAACACGCGAAAAUUCUUCAACAGCAGCAGCUGAUGCGCGCCCAGCAGGUGAUGCAACAACAACAACACAUGGCCGGAGGAAUGGGUGGCGUGAGACCGCCACCACCCGAAUACAAAGCGGCUCAGGCCCAAAUGAUGCACGCUGGUAUCGGUAUGGCUCAACAGGCUAGGUUUCCCAAUACCGGCCCUAUGCGCAGGGUUACGCAACAACCUAUGCCACCUUCAGGUCCGAUGAUGAGGCCGCAAAUGGCGCAGCAACAACAACAGGCAUUGCACGCUGCCGGUGGCAAUAUGUACAUGGGCGGUGGUAGUAUGGCGGCGAUUGGCGGCAUGCAUCAAAUGCAUCAGCGUCUUGGAUAUCCUAGGACCAACAAUCAACGGCCGCCUAACGUCAGCGUUGGCCCGCCCGAUGGCCUUGGAAAUAGCAUCGCUGGCCGUGGCGCGCAGCAGGAGUGGCGACACGUUCUCAUGCAGCAGCAGGGCUUUCAGGCGCAAAUGCGAUCGCAAUUUAAUCAGCAAGGUCACCAAGGUGGAUUCGGUAUGGGUGGAACGGGUGGCAUGCAGAUGAACGCCGCGCAAAUGCAGCAUCAACAGUUGAUUCGCUCACAGAGUGGAGGUAUCGCCGGAUCCGGUAUGGGCAACAGCACUCAAAUGCAGCAGCUACUGUCGCAGCAACACCAGCAGCAGACAUUAGCCAUGCAGCAGAGUAAUAAUCAGAUGUCACUGCAGAUGCAAAUGUCGCAGUCCUCAUCAGUCAACUCUGUCAGCAGUACUGGAACUGGUUCCCCUCUACACCCGCAUCAACAAUACGGCGCUGGCAGUCCAGGAGUGCGCAGUUUGCCACAACAGCAGCAGCAGCAUGCGCAACCGCCAGUCACCACUACCACGGAUCCAUCCGUAACCGCGGCGGACUUUAGCCUCGAAUUUCUAGAGAAUCUUCCGACCGGAGACACGUCGAACUUCAGCGCUCAGGAACUGCUGAAUUCCCUUGACUCCACGGGGGGCUUCAACCUCGAUAUUCUGUAAGACCACGCCUAUCGCGGUCUAUUCGGAAAAUCGGAUUUUUAUUCACUCAGAGACCGGUUUGAAACAUAAAAAAUGAAAAAAAGGAAAAAAAAGUGAAAAUGAAACAAUAACGAUGAUUCGUUCACGCUUUAGGAUCGAUCACCCCCUCGAAAACAGAUACAACGUCCAUAAACAGACUCGCUUCGUGUCAGUGCAGCUAUAAUCUUCGUCGCGUGCUGUGCCGAUGAUUCGAUUAACAGUUCCUCGAGAUCGAUGAAUAACGAUGGGACGUAAUCGUCGCGUUGAAAGGAAGAAAAAAUAAUUAGCAAAGGUUAGCAAACUCGCCGAUUCGUGGAAUCUGAUCGUGUGUCAUUUCUUACUUUCUAUGGUAAGAAAGGAAUUAUAAGAGCGCGGUGAAUGGACUAUAAAUUAGUCGAAAGUAAACCAAAUGAAGUGAAGGGGCAACGAGAAUAAAAUUAUUGAUUUCCGUGUUGUGACUCGGAGCACUCGAACCGCGACGAUCACGUUUCCCUGAAACGCGCGUCCUAAUGAUCCGUUCAUCGAUUGAUAUAACCUCAAACGCACGGGGUGAUUUGAUCUAGUCGAACCGGACGAAAAUCUCGCGUAUAUGAUAUGUGUAUAUGAUACUAUACAUACGUAUAGUAAAUUUCCUCGGGUUGUUCGGCUUAUAGAUGGUAAAGGAUGCGCGAGUUUAAAAAUUCGUUCGUCAGAUGGCAUCCGGUUCGACGUCGCGUGCAUGGAAACCGGUCAUAGUGUAUUUUCGGCAGCUAACCUUCUGGCUGGCGACUAUUCUUCUAGGCAAUCAUCUUUUAGUAAAAUUUUAUUUCUUAAAUAAUAACGCGAAGAAGCAACAGAGACAAGAGGUAAAUAGAGCAAGAUAAAACCAGUGGACGGUCGACAGCGUGGGAAAUCAAGAGGGAUCCGUAAUAUUCGUUUCGUUGCUCCGCGAACGUUUUAUAUUAUAUACGCAAUAACACAUUUAGUCGCCGUGUAUUCGAUCAUUCGUAUCCUUUAUUUCGUUCCUCGCCGUAUUUUCUUUUAAAGUUAAAACGGUCGCUCCGUUUUGACUUGAGAAUGAGGAUCGAUCGAUCUUUCUCUCUCGAGUGCACGCGUCGACGACACUGCACGAUGACUUCGACGCGCACUCCACGCGAAACGACCAAUGAUAAAAUAAAAUUUUUUUCUCUUGAUUUUUCAUGUAACGAUUCGCGAUCGAGAAUUAUCAACCGUUAAACAGACAAAAGAAAUCACACUGUUACAUCGUCUAUUCACGAUCGAUCAUUUUGUAAUUUUUAAUUACAACAAUCGGUAAUUGAAUAUCCAUUCCUUGGAUCAACGAUUGAAAAGACUUUUGGCCGCUGGUUUUCUCGGGCAAAUCGGCAUUCGACCGUCGCUGAAUUUCAAUUUACAGUUAAUUGCAUUAUUAUGAUAAUGAUAAUUGCUAGAGUUAGUAGCGUAUUUAAACGAAUGAUGCCGCGAAUGACGUCGCGUAUUCUACAAUUAACAGAAAGUCAAUUAUGAGAUAUAUUAUUCGAUUCACGAUGAAUUCAUCGUUGCCUGCGACGACGGGCUAAUGUUUCGGUCCACGUCUCGCAGGGUUCGCAUCGCGUUUGAUAAUGAGAAGAAAAAGAGAAGGAGCGAGUUAGAAUGGAAGAGAAAGAGAGAAUGAAGAAAUCUUUCCUAAGAACGCAGUGUUAGUGUUGCUACAGAAUAAAUUACAAUCUUGACUGUACAUAAACAUAUACAGCCACGUAAACGCAACAUAUACACAUACACACAUACAUACACAGAUACAUGUAAGAGUUAGAAGAAAAUUCAGGACGAUAAGUUCGCAAACUUUAGCCGAUUAAAAUAUAAGAGCCCUACGAUAUAGGUGAAUAUUAUAUAUAUAUAUAUAUAUAAUAUAUAUAUAUAAACAAUAUAUAUAUAUAUAUAUAAACAAAUAUAAUGAGAUAAUAGUAAUUGAUGAUGAUGGUAUGUGAGUUGAGAGCGAAUGAGGGGGAGAGAAAGAAAGAAAAAUAAAAAGUUAGAAAAAGAUAGAAAGUUUGAAGAAACGAAAGAAAGGUGAAUAUUAGUGAAAUGAAAAAGUGAGACGGAUGAAUCAAAGAGGAAGAAUGAGAUGUCAUGUGAAUAGUGUAUAUGUGUUCGCGCGGCGAUAAAGCACAUUUCCUCAAUUCGAGCAUAUUUAUUGAGUUUUAGUUCCACAGAAUGUGCUGUGUCGCCGAAUUCAAGUUGCACAUGAAAUAAUCACGGUCAGCUACGACCACCGUUCUUGGUACGAUGAACCGAAUGCUCUCUUCGCGAAUUUCCCCGUUUCUUUUCGGCUCACGUCUCUGCAUACACGGAGAAGUUAUUACAAGGCAACAUUAAUAUUUAUUGUUCGAUAUAAUUUCAUUAUUUUUAGUCGGAAUUCUUACGAAAAUAUCGAGAAAAUAAUUUAUGAGAUACAUUGAGCUACAGUUCAUCGUGAUCAGAUGGCGGAUUCGUGACUAAUCUUCCAAAUAGUGAUACAUUCCAUAGAUAAAGGAAAUUGAAUAGAAAUUCACAGUUCGUCUAAUCAAAACUAUUGUUUCUAAAAAAAAAAAAAAAGAGAGAGGUCGAAAUAGAUAAAAACGAAAUUAACGAGGAAACAUCGAGAUAAGAUAGACGCGCGAGAAUUCAAGAACACCGAGUGAAUAUAAUGAACACACCCGGUAGAAACUAGAGAAAAAAAUAGUAAUGAAAGAAAAGUAAUCCUCGACCGUUCGCCAAGAAAUGCGCACCUUCCGAUCGGAGUUUCGCUCGUUACUCAUAGUUAUACUCGACGCUCCAAAAGAGAUCAUAUUUCCGAUCUUGAGUGUACCAUAUGUCGAGUGUUCCACGUGUCACGAAAAUUAGCAACAAAAAUAAAAUAUGAGUCGUUUUUUUAAACUACUAACUAAAGUAAAGAAGUAAAAAAAAAAAAAGUAAUAAAUAAAUAAAUAAAUAAAAAAUAAAAAAAUAAAAAAAGAAAGAAAAGAAAUUCCUUAAAUCGAUCGGAAUGAUGUUAUUAUUGUCUUGUAAAAUAUUGGGGCCACGAAACAUAAUCUAAAGAAUGAAAAAACGACAUAAAAAAAAUAAAAGAAGGGAAGAAAGAAUAAUAAUUUAAAAGAGGAGGGAAUGAAGAAGACAGUUGCUCUGAUCGUAUUACGUUGAUUUAAGAACGUAUAAUGUAAAUCGAGAGAAUCAAGUAUGGUGAUGAGAUGAUGAGAUAUCAGUCGCCACGGUGAUUGUUCUGUUUUCUUUGUUUUUUUUUUUUUUUUAAAUUCUUAAUAGAAUUAUAAUAUACAUACAUAUGUUUACAUAUGUUUUUUUAUGAAUGAACGAAAGUGAAAGAGAAGAGGAUUGCAAGAAAGGAAGUGUGAGCGAAAUUAAGAAAUUGAAAUAAAAUCAAGCACGAAAAACAGAAACGAGAUAAUUUGUUGUGAGAGAGAGAGAGCGAAAGAGAGAGAAUGAGAGAGAAUGAGAGAGAAUGAGAGAGAGAGAAAGAGAGAGCAUUAGGGACCAACCAAAAAGAGAGAAAAAAAUGGCGUGCAAUGGUGUCGAUUGUCGCGGUGGAUCGUUUUUCUUUUUUAUAUACACAUUAAAACAAAAAAAAAAAACAAUGGAGAAAGUGAGACAUCAGUGCCUCGACUUAUUUCGCGACCGAAUACCGAAUUAAUAACUUAACCUGUAUCAUUCUUACGGGAACAUCAUGCGAUAUGUAUAAAACAUGUCGUUUUCGGUUUUCGCGAAUAUUCGAUCUUCCAUGCUUUUUUUAAAAAAAAAAAAAGAGAGAAAUGGGUAUAAAAAUUGAAAAAUAAAUAACAAUCGUGCUGUUUCUUUCUUGCACUGUCGACAGUCAAUGAUGGUUAAACGAUAUUCAGCCGAAAAAGAUAUAAAAAAAAAAAAAGGCUCUCGUGUAAAUCAUCUUUAUCGAGGAGUCUCGUGCUGGAUAAAUAUAUCUAAUUAUUUAUAAUAUUUAUAACUUUAUAUGAUACACGGGCAUUUCGCAUAGAAUAAAUUUCAUGUUGAAUUUCGAACUGUUAUUAAUAAAAAGCGUUGAGUUCCUACAAUGGUUUCUUUACUUCGCUUCUGGAUAAUUAUUGUCUCAUAUCACAAAUUGAAAGUUUCCAAAUCGAUUUUCCAUUUUCCAUGCAAUAAAAAAACCAAAGAAAAAUAAAGAGAAAAAUUGAUCGUGCAACUCGUCGAGAUUAUAUUUUCAUUCGUUCAAGUGAAUGAUAAACAAUACAUAUAGAACACACCAUAAAACGUCGAAUCGGCCACGUUGCUGUUUGUCGAAUCUCGUAAUUUCGCUAAUUGUCGACUCGCAUUAAACUCGCAACAAAUCGUUCAAUGUGUUUUAACGUCGAUUAUUUACACGACAAAACUAAUCAAAACAUAAUUUCGCAGAACAAUUGUUAGAAAGAGAGAGAAUAGGACCAACCAGUUUCAUUGAUUUGUCCAUGAUGGUAUCUUCCAUUCACUUUCACGGUAUAUAUAUAUAUAUAUAUAUAUAUACAUAAAUACUUCCUAAUCUUUACACAUUUCUCAUAUUAAACUAUUUUCACAGCUAUUCCUUUUAAUUGAAUUUGAUUUUCGAAAUACAUUUUUAUCGAUUCUUUUUGCAAGUAGAUCUCUGUUUGAGAAUAUGGCAAUCGUGUAGAAUUUACAGUAGCGCCCAUCGAUUAACACGGCGAAAAAGAGAAAGAGAAGCGAAAAGAGCGAACUCUAGGCGAUGAAAUGAUGGCGCACGCAAAGUGUAUCCACAUUGCUCGCGCGAUAAUCGUAAUGAAACUUUGUUCAUUAUCGAUUCCUUCGAAGUUGUUGUUGCUAAGCGGAUUCGCGCUUUGUGCUAAUCUCUAUUCUUCAUCGAAUAUUUCUAUUAAUCAUAAUACAUGGUAUUAGGCUUCAUGCGAAGAAAUCUCUUGGUGUUUUCUCGUGAAUCAACUAGUUGACGCGAAAAUUUGAUACACAGUCGCAGAAAGAUAGCAUCUGCGCUACGAUGUUCCAGCACUAGGUCGAACAGUGGUGGUCUAACGUAUAUAGUCGCGACGAACGCGCGCGCGGGAAGGGGAGGAGGAUCAAUAUCAUGGUUAGGGAGAGACCAGACUGAAAAUAGGAGCGAGUGUAAAAGCAGCGAUGAGGGAUAAGGAUUACAAGAGGAGAGGGAGAAGAAAAAAGGAGAGAAGCCAACCCGAAAAUGUCAAUUCGUCGGCCUUGAUUCUUCGUAAAAUUACAAUUGUGACAAGGAUGGCUCGUGGCCGAUUUAAAUAGGCUCUUAUUGUUUUACUGGAAAAUUUUAGUCCGUAGAACAAAUAUUUAUGAUGAUGAAGAAAUAUUUUUCUGAAUAUUAUUUUAAUUCAAAAUUGAAUUUUAGGUUAAGAAGGAUCAUAGAUGUGAAAAUUCACAAUUUGUUUUUAAAUCGUAUUUUUUCGUUGAUCGAUUUAAAUUUCUCAUAGAAUUACGAUUAUAUAUACGAUUAUAUAUACGAUCGCAUUUAUAUAUAAUCGUGAUGAUUAAUAUAAUUGUACUCUUGAUUUUUCAAUAUUAUUUUGUUAAUUCGAAAUUUUAUAAUUUAUAUAUUUUAUAUUUUUUUAUAUAAUUUUAUCGAUUUUUUAUCUUAUCAUGUCAAUUUGAUAAUUUGAUCUAGAAUCUUUAAUUGAUUUGAAUCUUAUCAAAAUUUGUUAACCAAAGUUUUAUAAAAAGAAAUUCUUAUAAAAAAAUUCAUCGUGCGUUAUAUACGCAUAAUGUUUAAAAUGUUCGAAUCAAUUUAGAGUCCCAUAACAUUAGUAUACAAUAAAAGUUAUACAUAUUUUACAUAAUCAAGAUUAUUUAAUUUAUAAUCUGAUUGUUUUAAUGAUAAUUUUUUUGAUUAAAGAUCAUGCAUUUUGCAUUGUGAUUAAAAAAAAUCUAUUCUUUUAUGCAAUUUUAAAUAAAUCGAUUAUUUUUCACUAAUAUUCUUUGUUAAAAAUUCGUUGAUAACAUGUUGUAUAAUAAAUGAUAAAAGAAAAUUAAAUUAUUAUAAUCUCAUCGUUAUAUUUUUCAUGAUAAUAGGUUAUAACAACAACUAAAAAUAACUGAGAAAUUUGAAAUGAAAUAAUAUUUCUUUUUUCUAGUUCAAAAAUUUAAUUGACAAAACUAUAAAGCACAAUGGCGAUCCACCAGCGACCGACAUCGACUAAGCAUACAAUAUUCCACUAUAAACACAACACCGAAAAUGGCUCAUGAAAAUCCGUUAUAAAACCAUUAACUGACCUUUGCGAUAGAAAAAGACGUAAUCAUUUUUAAUUAGAAUUUAUUCUUAUUUUAAAAUUACAAUUUCUAGCUUCUACAAAUUAUUUAAAUCUUAAAUUAUGUAGAAAUUUUAAAUACAAUAAAAAAAAACAUUAAAUAAUAAAUAUCUCUUGAAUUAUUUGUUAAAAUAAACGAGAAAUAUAAUUUUUGUUUACAAGAUAAUAUUUUGAUUAAUAUUUAUUAAUAGAAAUAUAUUUUUAAUAAAAUAAUAGAAAUGUAUUAUGAAUAUAUUUCGUAAUUCACAAAUAUUUUUUUCCUAAAACAACAACGGAUUUGAAAUGUCAAUCAUCCUUUGUCGUAAAGGUCAGCGAGAUCUUUUCUAAGCUCUUGUUCGACAAAGAAUAUAUACACACACAUAAAAUUUCAUUCUCCUGCGUGAAACUAAAAAAAAAAAAAUUAAAUAAAUAAAUAAAUAAAAAAAAUGAAAAAAAAUGAAAAAAGAAAAUAAAAAUACGAAAAAUUGGGCGAUAUAUAUUUCAAGGUUAUAUAAAACCAAACUCGUGGUUCUUGUAUCCAGUUUAUUUUAUACUCGCUUGCCUUGUGUGUAGAGCGUCGACUAGAUGAUUUUCUACUGAUCCUCUCUUUACAAGAAUACGAAAAACAAUCGUCGAGGUCGUCGCGAACAUGAAAUCAAAACCUCUUUUGAAACACCUUACUCAUAUAGCGUCGUCUGGUGAAUUUCGUUUCUUCCAAGGCCGAUCUGUAAAAAUAGUUUUUAAUUUUUGAAAAUUUUACUUUUUUUUUUUGAUUUAUAUUUUGAAAAAAAUCGACUUUUAUCUAUUAUUUUGUACACUUUUUAAAAAUUAUAUUGCAAUUUAAAAACAAAUAUUUAAUUAUUAAAAACUCUUUUUUUUAGUAGUCUUUCACGAAUUUUUAAUUAAAAUAGAUCGCCUUUGGAUAAAUGAAAUAAAUUCUACAAUAGGAAGAAACGAGAAAAGACAGAAUAUAACUCAACUUUGAAAAUGUAAUAAUUAUAUAUAUAUAUAUAUAGUAUCUUUUUCUCGAUGAUUCUUCCCAUUGUGACAUUAAUCGAUAAUUUUUAUCGAUAUAAUUAGUAUUAUUAUAUUAAAGUUCAGAACAACGCUUAUGGGAUCAGUAUUUAUAACAACGUGAAGAGGUUUCGAUAAAUAAAUAAAAAUAAUAUUUGACCAACACGAUGACUACGACGACAAUUCAGAAUCACGGCGACAGAAGCAUAGCAACGUAUCGGUUUCUUUUUUCCUUCGUCGUAUAUUGUAAAUAGCGUAUAGUGUGUGUAAGCAGAGUACGGUUGGAAAGAAGUAGAUAGAGACAAAGAGAAAGCGAGCGAAGCACGUGACUGUAAUUUUUGCGGCUGACGGAUAAUCGGCGAACAUCGCCGUGCCACGGAGUCUUGAUGUUUUCUUCUUCGACCGAAUUGCGGACGAGAGGGGAUUGAGAAUGCAAACGAAAGCCGUUUCUCUCCCUUCUCGGCGAGAAAUCGCUUCGAACAGGUCAUAGGAUACGGUCUGUGGCGAUACGUAACGGGCGUGCACAGUGACAAUCUUGAAAAAAUAAAAAAAAAAUGAAGUAAUUAGAUAUUCAUACAAUUCGAAAAUUAGUUACAUUGUUAAAGUUUUCCAUCUUAUGAAUGAUCAAAUUGAUAUAAACAAUAAGAAAAAAAUAUACAAUUAAAAACAAAUAAUAUCGAUUUCAAUUAAAAUCGAUCUUUCGAAUUACGAAAUUAAGGAACAGAAAAAAAAAACAAAGAAGAAACGUAUGUGAACGGGAUAAGCAUGCUAGCGCCUUCAUCGCAGAUCCAUCGACGCAGAAUCAAUACUCCCUUCAUGCUAUUGUUCUCAACGAGAUUGUGAUAUAUAUAUUGUUAACGCUAUAACGAUAAUUAGAGCGCGUACAUAUAGAGGGCGCAUUGUUCGUCGCGCGGACGUUUUAGUCAAAAAGGGGGCGCAGCAAGCAGUCAUCCCGGAGACUCAAAUGAAACGGAUUUUUCGCGAGCUCGCCGAUAUGAUUUUCGAUGAUCCGUGCCGUGAAACUUACGCCUCGCCGUUUCUUUCCGUUCGCGAAUACAUGAAAGCAGAUCGGGUCACCGAGAAAGACGAGAUGAGCAAGCAAUAAAAUAAUAGUGAAACAAAGGAAAGAGAAGAAAAAAAGAAAUAAAAAGAGAUAGAGAUAGUGAUAGAAUGAGUGACAUACGUUGAUUGGAUAGAGACGCGAGGGAAAUAAUGCCUGUAAAUAAACGAACAAAACGGAAAAAAAUGAAAGAAAGAAAACAAUGUUGCGUUAUAAUUAUUUAUGUUCAAAUCGAAGCGAAUUCGAGAGUGAAUUAUUGUAAUAAUUCGUAAUUUAACACGAAGUACGGAGGAAGGGAAAUGAGAAAUCAUAUACACAGAUUAUGUACAUAAGCUAAUGGGUAAUAUCUCCCUUGGUAAAGGAUAGUUUACGAAUAGUUAUUUUUAUUACAAUUAUUAUUAUUAUUAUUAUUAUUAUUAUUAUUAUUAUUUCUAAGUAAUUAUUAUUAUUAUUAUUUCUAAGUAACUAUUAUUAUUAUUAUAUUAUUAUUAUUGUCAUUAUUAUUAUUAUUAUUAUUAUUACUACUACUACUACUAUUAUUAUUACUACUAUUGCAACUAUUACUACUACUAUUACUAUUACUACCACUACUACUACUACUAUUACUACUACUAUUACUAUUACUACUAUUAUUAUUAUUACUAUUAUUAUUACUAUUAUUAUUAUUAUUAUUAUUAUUAUUAUUAUUAUUAAUGUUAUUAUCAUUAUUAUUAUUAUUAUUAAUAUUAUUCUUAUUUUUAUUAUUAUUAUUCUUAUUCUUUUCUUCUUCUUCUUCUUAUUAUUAUUAUUAUUGCUAUUGCUAUUAUUAUUAUUACUUAUUAUUAUUGUCAUUAUUAAUCUUGCAAUGGCAUACCAAGAUUUUUUGUUAUUUUAAUAGAAUACGCAUUUUCUCUAUUAUAUCGCAAAAUUGUUGCAAAUAUAAAUUUUAUAUAAUUUUUUUUUAAUAUUUAUAUAAUUUAAAAAUAUAUAUUUAAAAUUAUAUGAAUGAAUUUUCUUUAUAAUUUUUUGAUAUAGAGUAAAAGACUUGCUAAAUUUGAAAGAUCUUAAUAUCAAUGAACCGAAAGAAUAGUAUGCCAUUGGAGGCUUAAUAUUAUAAUUAUCAUUGUUAUUCUUCGGCCAAUGAUCUCAAAAGAAAGAUAGUAAUUGUGUUUGGAUAAGAGUGUUACUAAAUCUGAGCCGAUUUCAAUUUUUAUCAAAGGCCACAAUGGAAAAAUUAUUAUCGUUUCAUAUAUUCAACAUAAAUUUUACUUUUUCAUCGUUUUCUCUUUUUCUAUUUUCAUUAUUUCCGUUUUUCCUUUUCUUUAUAUGUUCAUUCCUUCCUUCUUUUUAUUUUUAUUUCUGGCCUAUGUACUCUCUAAACAUGUUUAUGACGCACUCGAAACGAAUUCUUCGUCUACAGUUGCGCUUUGUUUCCGGUUAUGAAUUUCGUUACAUUUCUCAUACGCGCGUAUUCGAAAAAGUGGCAAACGUGCGAUUUUUAUAUUCUUUUCUUCGUUUCAAUAUGUUUUGAAUCACUCAGACUUCUUCUGGCUUCAGGAACGUGUUAAAUGAACGCAUCAAAGAAUGAACGUUCCUUUUUUUUAUCGAACCAUGCAUUCUUUCAUUGCAUAAGAAAGAACAUGAACAGGAUAAAUAGCUAUUGUAUCGAUAUAAAUCCCGUUUACAUAAAGUUUUUUAUAAGUUUUUAUCAGAUAGAUAAGAAACAUGUUUAUUUAAAAAUUGAAAACUCCCAUUUUUAUUAUUUUUCUGUUAAUACACUCCAAGAUUCAAAAAUGAGUAAUUACUUAAUUUUUGUCUCAAUCCCUUUAAUGAAUUCUUUGUGCGAGGACAUUAAAAAAAGAAAAAAAUAAAUAAAUAAAUAGCGUUUUAAUAUAACGUAAUUCGAAAGUGACCUAUUGAAUAAAUUUAGUUAAAACUGAUAGCGGUGCAACGCUGAUCAAAUUACUCAUAAACAUGUUUUAUCGAAUGAGAGUCAAGACAUUUUGUCAUGUCUUUGUAUAUUUUUAUGCAAUGUUGUAGAAUGAUAUUGUUUCAAAUAUAUUAUACAGAUAAUAAUAAUAAACAAAUUUAUAUGCCAUAA